UGGGAUUAUGUUGUGCGGUGCCGUUGUGGCAUGGUGAGUCAUAUAACCCGAAUCCCCGCCGCCCAAAUGCGCCCGCCGCCGCCGCGAUGACCUCGUUCCUCCGCCGCAUCCUCUGCCCGGCGCCCGCCCUCUCCGGCCGCCUCUUCUUCUCCACCUCCCGCCGCACCCCGCACCGCUUCCGCCGCAGCCACCGCGCCCCCACCUCCUCCCCCUCCCCGGACGCCGUCUCCGCGGCAAUCGCCUCCCUCCCCACCCGCCUCACCCCGCCGCUCCUCGCCUCCUCCCUCGCCGCCACCUCCGACCUCCGCCUCCUCUUCCCGCUCCUCACCCACUCCCUCAACCUGCCCGCCUUCCGCCCCUCCCCCGCCCCCUUCCUCGUCGCCGUCAAGCGCCUCGGCACCGCCGCCCUCUACCACGAGUUCGACCGCACCUGCGCGCUAUUCUUCUCCCUCCUCCCCUCCCUCCCCUCCCCAGGUCCCCUCCUCCGCGCCGCGCUCUACUUCUACUGCGAGUUCCGCCGGCCCGGCAAGGCGUUCCACGUCUACACCCUCAUGCGCGCCUCCGCCGACCCGGCGGCGCGCCCCGACGCCGGCACCUACCACACGCUCUUCACCACGCUGCUGGCGCGCGGGGGCAGCGACUCCAUGGUCCACUACAUGUACAUGGACACCGUCGCCGCGCUCUUCCGGCAGAUGCUGGAGGAGGGCAUCCCGCCCGACACCCGGUCGGUGAACGUGCUCGUCAGGGGCUACGCGCAGUCGCUGCACCUCAACGACGCGCUGCGCGUCUUCCACCAGAUGGCGCCGCACUACGGGUGCCAGCCGGACGCCUUCACGUACAGCUACCUGGUGCACGGGCUCAGCGCGCAGGGCCGGACGAAGAACGCACGGGAGCUGUUCGACGGAAUGCGGGCCAAGGGGAUGGUGCCCACGGAGCAGGCCUGCAACGCGUUCGUCAGCGCGCUCGCGGUGGCCGGGGAGGUCGCGGAGGCUGAGCGGGUGAUGUGGGAGCUGGCGAAGGCGGGGACGGUGGUGGAUCAUAUCACGAGGAGGGCCGUGGUGGAGGAGCUGGGCAGGGCGGGGAAGAGGGAGGACGCUGAUAGGGUGGUCAGGAAGAUGGAGGAGAUGGGCAUUCUGAGAGUAGCCGAGCGUCAAGAGCUCCUGGGUUCAAUCCUCGACGAGUGCGGCGAUGGCGACUUCAGUACUGGUGAGAGCAUGAGGGGUGGUGAUUGGCGACGGCGAAGAGGUUAGCAGAGAAUGUCGUAGGUUGAUCUGUGCAUGAGUGCAUCGGAGCUCGUCGAAGAAAGUGAUGCCAGUAUUUUGUCCAAAGAAGUAUACAUACAUCUAGGGUUAUAAAUGGGACGGAUAAUUUUCGCUUCGAAUCCGCAUCUGCAUCCGUUUUUUGAGAAUAUGGUAUACGAUUGUUCAAAUCCGAUGGAUACCGGCAUGGAUACGGAUAUCCGGCGGAUGUGGUAGCGGAUAUGGUAUGGCUAUUAUCCGACGGAUACGGAUUAUCCGCAGUUUUUUACGGAUUAUCCGACUUGUUCAAUUAGGAUAAUCCAAUUAUAUUAGCCUAUACCAUUAGACCAAGUAUCUAAUUAGUCUUUAUGUAUGUUAUAACCUAGUGUCAAGGUGGCACAAGUAGGACAUCAAGAAUGUAAUGCUGAGAAUUUGAAUUUGUGAUAUCGCUUCCUACUUAGUCGGUUGCUUGCUUUUUUUAAAUGAAAUAAUAAUAAGAAAUGGCUGGAGAAUCUUUACUUAA